CUAGGUCAAUUUUGAUGUCACUGUUUUUGUUUACGAGUUACGUUUUAUCAUCAUAAGUUAUAUUUGUUGAAACUAUACAGAUGGACUUAAAGAAAUUUAAAUUUUGUAUGAGACCACCGGUAGUUGUGUAAAGCACAAAAGUCUUGUUUUAAUAGGAAGAAAUCAAACGGCAAGUUGACAUUUCAUGAUUUAACGUAAAAGCUUCAUGAUGUUUAAACCAUGUUUUGUGGUAAUAUACAUAAUUACGGUCAUGUGUACAACAGUCUCCUUUAGUCUUGGGGCUUCAAACAACCCGUAUGAUAUUUUAGGACUAAAAAAAAUUGCUACGACACAGGAAAUACGAAAGGCAUACAGGCAAUUAGCAAAAGAAUGGCAUCCAGACAAAGUACAGAACGACCCUGCUGCCGCAAAGUUUGUUAAAAUUAAGUUAGCUUAUGAACUUCUAAGCAACCCGGAUCGACGGCGAAUUUUUGACCAGCAUGGAGUAACGGAUGAAGACUCAUAUUACCUCAAAAAAAAACACGAUUAUAGUGGAUAUAAUCGGUUUUCUAUAGAGGAAAAUGUAAAAAUUUUUGAUAAACGGCCUUCGGUUGAUCAAGGAAUUGAUUUUUUCCAUAAACUAUCAAUAACAACCAAUUACUUUGACAAAACUAUUGUACCAAAUAGUGCAAACCAAUUGUAUAUUGUAAUUUUUUACAAUGAUUGGUGCUUUAAAUGCACUCGAAUAGUAGGCGCGCUUAGAAGGAUAAUAGACUUAUUGGAACCAUUAGGUAUAAACUUUGUAACGGUAAAUGCUGCUCACGAAGAAAGAAUUUUUCGUAAAACUGGAGCAGGCAAUGUUCCGCAACUAGUUCUUGUUUUGGAUAGUAAGUUCUUCCUUUAUCGAGAUCAUACCUUUACACCGCAAAAAGUUGUUGAAUUUAUUCGUAAAAAAUUACCAUUUAAAAUUGUUCAACUCGUCAAUGAUAACAAUUUAAAUGAUUUUCUGGGUGGAUGGAUGGACAACAAAGUAAGAGCUCUAAUAUUUGAACCUUAUAGGUUAAUAAGGCUCCGGUACCUACUCACUGCAUUUGAGUUUUACGACCGUGUUGCAUUUGGAUUCGUUGAUAUGAAUAGCAGAGGAUCAAAUAACACAAUUGCUCGCUUUAACGUUAACACGAGCGUGGACACACUUCUUAUAUUUAAUGAAGAUUCAUCACGCUUCAUAGCAAGUAUUUCAAUGCCGGACAUCCCAAUUCAAACGUUAAAAAACAUAGUUACUAGUAAUCAAUUCUUGGUAUUACCUAGAUUAUCAUCACAGGGUAUGCUAGAAAGAGUUUGCCCAUCUGAAUGGAACCGUCCACGAAAACGUUUGUGUGUGAUUCUCAUUACAGAGAAAAAUACAAAACAUGAUUUGGCAAGAGAGGCUUUAAGAGAAAUUGCCUUGACAAGUGUAUACAGUUCAAAAAGAGUACGAUUUGCGUACUUAUUUAAGGAAAAUCAACCAGAUUUCAUUCAAGCAGUUUCCAAUGGAACGUUUGGGAAAAAUCUUCUGCCAAUUGUCAUAAUUUGGAGACGAGAUGAUAAACAUAUAAAGUAUGAAUGGGUCCCUGGAAUUCAACUCUUUACCAAUGUUACUGUUGAAACCCUCAUUAAUUCAACUAAAAUUGAGAUUUCGUGUACACUUAAAAGGCUUUUAAAGUCUUCAGAAGCUUUAAGCCAUGAAGCCUUUGUGCAGAAAUUAUUUAAUGAACACUCUCAGGGAAUUUUACCUAGAUGGAUUUCCCGAUUCAUGUACUUAGUUGAUUAUCUGUCAGACAACAUGGAAGACGAGCACCUUCUAGCAGUUUUUUCUCUUCUAGGGACUAUUGUGUUUAUGUUUGCUGUUGGGUAUAUAUUAAUGUACUAUGUGAGGACCGAAGAGAAAAAUCUUAAGGCACAAGGCCAUCUUAAUAACAGUCAAGACCAUCAACACAAUAAACUCAUCCCGGAACUCAAAUUAUAUGAAAUGAGAGCUGAGAAAUAUAAUGGGAUGGUUCGCCUACUAAAGCCAGGAUGCCGAACAUUACUUCUUAUAACCGAUUUUCAAAGUCGUUAUAAACUUAUACCAAAUUUUCACAAAGCAGUUUGGCCAUACAGAAAAUCGAAAACGUUAUUGUUUGGGCAUAUGUCGAUUGAAAAAGGAUUACCGUGGUUUACCGAAAUUCUUCGAUUAUCUUUGUGCUCAAAACGAAAGCUUCAAGUUAAUCCAAGAAAUUGUGUUGGUACUGUUCUUGCGUUAAAUGGUCACCGAAAAUACUUUUGUAUGUACCACGCUAAACACCCAGAGUCUGAUCAAGGAACAAAGAGAAUCCUAAAAAUUACGAAAUCAAUUUUGAAUACAAGAGAGGACCCAGAGGUCGGAUCGUUUCUCAAAAAAAGUUAUUCGGAAGACUCUGAAGCUGAAUCAAAUAUUCUUUUGGAAGAUAAUCUACUUAACAGCCUUGAUAAUUGGCUUGAAAGGUUGUUUGAUGGAAAAACCCAAAAAUAUUACAUAAACUAUUGGCCUGACUUUCCGAAUAAGUAAUAAACUCCAAUAUUUAAAAGAAAGAGAAUCCGAAAUACUACCAAGUUGGACACCUUUAUCCCAGACUCGAAUGAGUUCAUAAAAAUGAAAGAAGGAAAUAUUCGUCUGCUACUUAAAAAUUUAAAACAAUUUAUAAGAAAUAAAAAUGUUUAAAAUUAUAAUAAAUAUUAUAAUU